AUGUUUAUUGCUGGUAAUAUUUUUAUCUAUCUAUCUAUCUAUCUAUCUAUCUAUCUAUCUAUCUCAUUCUGUUCGUAUCUAUCUAUUUCUGUUCGUAUCUAUCUAUCUAUCUAUCUAUCUAUCUAUCUAUCUAUCUAUUUGGUCUUAUUUGUUUUAUUCUAUCUAUCUAUCUAUCUAUCUAUCUAUCUAUCUAUCUAUCUAUCUAAGACUCUUCUCUUCCCAUUAUCUAUCUAUCUAUCUAUCUAUCUAUCUAUCUAUCUAUCUAUCUAUCUAUCUAUCUAUCUAUAUUCUGUCAACUUUUUCAUUAUCUGCAAAUCUUCGUUUAAUUUCUUCUUCUUCUUUUUCUUCUUCUUCUUCUUCUUCUUCUUCAUAUUUAUGCUCUCCAUCAAUUCCUCUUUUUCCUUUCAUUUCUUUUUCUUCUUCUACAUUUCUUUCUCUUCUUCUUCUUCUUCUUCUUCUUCUUCUUCUUCCUCUUCUUCUUCUUCAUAUUUAUGCUCUCCAUCAAUUCCUCUUUUUUCUUUCAUUUCUUUUUCUUCUUCUACAUUUCUUUCUCUUCUUCUUCUUCUUCUUUUUCUUCUUCCUCUUCUUCUUCAUAUUUAUGCUCUGCAUCAAUUCCUCUUUUUUCUUUCAUUUCUUUUUCUUCUUCUACAUUUCUUUCUCUUCUUCUUCUUCUUUUUCUUCUUCCUCUUCUUCUUCUUCAUAUUUAUGCUCUCCAUCAAUUCCUCUUCUUUCUUUUUUUCUUUCUUCUUCUACAUUUCUUUCUCUUCUUCUUCUUCUUCUUCUUCAUUUAUUCAUUCUUUCUCCUUUUUUUCUCCCUCCUCCCUCUUCUUUUCUCUUUUUUUUUUUUUCCUCCCUUUCUUCAUUACUUCCUCUUCUUUUCUUUUUUUUCAACUCCUCCCUCUUCUUUUUUUUCUUUUCUUUUUUCAUUUUCUUCCAACUCCUCCCUUUCUUCAUUACUUCCUCUUCUUUUCUUUUUUUUUCAACUCCUCCCUCUUCUUCAUUACUUCCUCUUCUUUUCUUUUUUUUUCAACUCCUCCCUCUUCUUCAUUACUUCCUCUUCUUUUCUUUUUUUUUCAACUCCUCCCUCUUCUUCAUUUCUUCAACAUCUUUUCUUUUUUUUUCAACUCCUCCCUCUUCUUCAUUACUUCCUCUUCUUUUCUUUUUUUUUCAACUCCUCCCUCUUCUUCAUUACUUCCUCUUCUUUUCUUUUUUUUUUUCAACUCCUCCCUCUUCUUCAUUACUUCCUCUUCUUUUCUUUUUUUUUUCAACUCCUCCUCUUCUUCAUUACUUCUUCUUCUUUUUUCUUUUUUUUUCAACUCCCCUCUUCUUCAUUACUUCCUCUUCUUUUCUUUUUUUCAACUCCUCCCUCUUUCUUUACUUACUUUCUUUCUUUUUUUUUUUUUCCUCCCUCCUCUUCUUCAUUCUUCCUCUUCUUUUCUUUUUUCAACUCCUCCUCUUCUUCAUUACUUCCUCUUCUUUUCUUUUUUUCAACUCCUCCUCUUCUUCAUUACUUCCUCUUCUUUUCUUUUUUUUUUUUUCCUCCCUCUUCUUCAUUUUCUUUUUUUUUUUUUUUCAACUCCUCCCUCUUCUUCAUUACUUCCUCUUCUUUUUUUUUUUCAACUCCUCCUCUUCUUCAUUACUUCCUCUUCUUUUCUUUUUUUCACUCCCCUCUUCUUUCUUCUUCCUCUUCUUUUUUUUUUUUUCAACUCCUUUUCUUUUUCUUCCUCUUCCUUUUUUUUUUUUCACCUCCCUUCUUCUUCUUUUUUUUUUCUUUUCUUUUUUUUUCCUCCUCUUCUUCAUUACUUCCUCUUCUUUUUUUUUUUUCAACUCCUCCCUCUUCUUCAUUACUUCCUCUUUCUUUUUUUUUUUCAACCUCCUCUUCUUCAUUACUUCCUCUUCUUUUCUUUUUUUUCAACUCCUCCCUUUCUUCAUUUCUUCUUUUCUUUUUUUCAACUCCUCCCUCUUCUUCAUUACUUCCUCUUCUUUUUUUUUUUUUCCUCUCCUCCCUCUUCAUUUUUUUCUUCCUUCUUUUUUUUUUUUUUUUCAACUCCUCCUCUUCUUCUUCAUUACUUCCUCUUCUUUUUUUUUUUCAACUCCUCCCUCUUCUUCAUUUCUUCCUCUUCUUUUCUUUUUUUCAACUCCUCCCUCUUCUUCAUUACUUCCUCUUUUUUUUUUUUUUUUCCUCUCUUCUUCAUUACUUCCUCUUCUUUUCUUUUUUUCCCUUUCUUUUCUUUUUUUUACUUCCUCUUUUCUUUUUUUCAUCCUCCCUCUUCUUCAUUCUUUCUUCUUUUUUUUUUUUUCAACUCCUCCCUCUUCUUCAUUACUUCCUCUUCUUUUCUUUUUUUUUCAACUCCUCCUCUUCUUCAUUACUUCCUCUUCUUUUCUUUUUUUUCAACUCCUCCCUCUUCUUCAUUACUUCCUCUUCUUUUCUUUUUUUCAACUCCUCCCUCUUCUUCAUUACUUCCUCUUCUUUUUUUUUUUUUCAACUCCUCCUUCUCCUCUUCAUUCAUUUCUUCCUCUUUUUUUUCUUUUUCCCCUCUUCUUCAUUACCCUCUUCUUUUUUUUUUUUUUUCAACUCUUCUUUUCAUUUUUUCUUUUCCUCCCUCUUCUUCAUUACUUCCUCUUCUUUUCUUUUUUUCAACUCCUCCUCUUCUUCAUUACUUCCUUCUUCUUUUUUUUUUUCAACUCCUCCCUCUUCUUCAUUACUUCCUCUUCUUUUCUUUUUUUUCAACUCCUCCUCUUCUUCAUUACUUCCUCUUCUUUUUUUUUUCAACUCCUCCCUCUUCUUCAUUACUUCCUCUUCUUUUUUUUUUUUUCCCUUCCUCCCUCUUCUUCAUUACUUCCUCUUCUUUUCUUUUUUCAACUCCUCCUCUUCUUCAUUACUUCCUCUUCUUUUCUUUUUUUUUUUCCUCCUCCCUCUUCUUCAUUACUUCCUCUUCUUUUUUUUUUUUUUCAACUCCUCCCCUCUUCUUCAUUUUUUCUUCCUCUUCUUUUCUUUUUUUCAACUCCUCCCUCUUCUUCAUUACUUCCUCUUCUUUUCUUUUUUUUUUUCAACUCCUCCCUCUUCUUCAUUACUUCCUCUUCUUUUCUUUUUUUUUUCUCCUCCUCUUCUUCAUUACUUCCUUCUUCUUUUUUUUUUUUUUCAACUCCUCCCUCUUCUUCAUUUUCAACUCCUCCUCUUCUUUUCUUUUUUUUUUUUCAACUCCUCCUCUUCUUCAUUACUUCCUCUUCUUUUCUUUUUUCAACUCCUCCCUCUUCUUCAUUACUUCCUCUUCUUUUCUUUUUUUUUCAACUCCUCCCUCUUCUUCAUUACUUCCUCUUCUUUUCUUUUUUUUUCCUCAACCUCCCUUCUUCAUUACUUCCUCUUCUUUUCUUUUUUUCAACUCCUCCCUCUUCUUCAUUACUUCCUCUUCUUUUCUUUUUUUUCUUUUCAACUCCCUCUUCUUCAUUACUUCCUCUUCUUUUCUUUUUUUUCAACUCCUCCCUCUUCUUCAUUACUUCCUCCUCUUUUCUUUUUUUUUUCAACUCCUCCUCUUCUUCAUUACUUCCUCUUCUUUUUUUUUUUCAACUCCUCCCUCUUCUUCAUUACUUCCUCUUCUUUUUUUUUCAACUCCUCCCUCUUCUUCAUUCUUCCUCUUCUUUUCUUUUUUCAACUCCUCCCUCUUCUUCAUUACUUCCUCUUCUUUUCUUUUUUUUCCUCUCCUCUUCAUUACUUUCCUCUUUCUUUUCUUUUUUUCAACUCCUCCUCUUCUUCAUUUUUUCCUCUUCUUUUCUUUUUUUCUUUUCUCCUCUUCCUCUUCAUUACUUCCUCUUCUUUUUCUUUUUUCUCUUCCCUUUUUUUUCAACCUCCUCCUCCUCUUCUUCAUUCUUCCUCUUCUUUUUCUUUUUUUCAACUCCUCCCUCUUCUUCAUUACUUCCUCUUCUUUUCUUUUUUCAACUCCUCCCUCUUCUUCAUUACUUCCUCUUCUUUUUUUUUUCAACUCCUCCCUCUUCUUCAUUACUUCCUCUUCUUUUCUUUUUUUUCAACUCCUCCCUCUUUCUUCUUUUUUCACUUCCUCUUCUUUUCUUUUUUUUUUUUUCUUCUUCUCCCCUCUUCUUCAUUUUUUUCACUUCCUCUUCUUUUUUUUUCUUUUUUUUCAACUCCUCCUCUUCUUCAUUACUUCCUCUUCUUUUCUUUUUUUUUCAACUCCUCCCUCUUCUUCAUUACUUCCUCUUCUUUUCUUUUUUUUUCAACUCCUCCCUCUUCUUCAUUACUUCCUCUUCUUUUCUUUUUUUUUUCAACUCCUCCCUCUUCUUCAUUACUUCCUCUUCUUUUCUUUUUUUUUCAACUCCUCCCUCUUCUUCAACUUACUUCUUCAUUUUCUUUUUUCUUUUUUUCAACUCCUCCCUCUUCUUCAUUACUUCUCUUCUUUUUUUUUUUUUCAACUCCUCCCUCUUCUUCAUUACUUCCUCUUCUUUUCUUUUUUCAACUCCUCCCCUCUUCUUCAUUACUUCCUCUUCUUUUUUUUUUUUUCAACUCCUCCCUCUUCUUCAUUACUUCCUCUUCUUUUUUUUUUUCAACUCCUCCCUCUUCUUCAUUACUUCUCUUCUUUUCUUUUUUUUUCAACUCCUCCUCUUCUUCAUUACUUCCUCUUCUUUUUUUUUUUUUUUUCAACCUCCUCUUCUUCAUUACUUCCUCUUCUUUUCUUUUUUUUUUCAACUCCUCCCUCUUCUUCUUCAUUUCUUCCUCUUCUUUUUCUUUUUUUCAUUCCUCCCUCUUCUUCAUUUUUCUUUUUUACUUCCUCUUCUUUUUUUUUUUUUUUCAACUCCUCCCUCUUCUUCAUUACUUCCUCUUUUCUUUUUUUUUCAACUCCUCCCUCUUCUUCAUUACUUCCUUUUCUUUUCUUUUUUUUCAACUCCUCCCUCUUCUUCAUUACUUCCUCUUCUUUUCUUUUUUUUCAACUCCUCCCUCUUCUUCAUUACUUCCUCUUCUUUUCUUUUUUUUCAACUCCUCCCUCUUCUUCAUUCUUCCUCUUCUUUUUUUUUUUCAACCUCCUCCCUCUUCUUCAUUACUUCCUCUUCUUUUCUUUUUUUUCAACUUUUUCAACUCUCCUCUUCUUCAUUACUUCCUCUUCUUUUCUUUUUUUUUUCCUCCCUCUUCUUCUUACUUCCUCUUCUUUUCUUUUUUUUUUUUUCUUCAACUCCUCCUCUUCUUCAUUACUUCCUCUUCUUUUUUUUUUUUCAACUCCUCCUCUUCUUCAUUACUUCCUCUUCUUUUCUUUUUUUCAACUCCUCCCUCUUCUUCAUUACUUCCUCUUCUUUUUUUUUUGUGGCCUCAACUCUCCUCUUCUUCAUUACUUCCUCUUCUUUUUUUUUUUUUUUCCUCCUCUUUCUUCUUCCCUCUUCUUUUCUUUUUUUUUUUUCCUCCCUCUUCUUCUUCUUCUUCUUUUUUUUUUUCAACUCCUCCUCUUCUUCAUUACUUCCUCUUCUUUUUUUUUUCAACUCCUCCCCUCUUCUUCAUUACUUCCUCUUCUUUUCUUUUUUUCAACUCCUCCCUUCUUCUUCUUCUUUUUUUUCCUCUUCUUUUCAUUUUUUUCAACUCCUCCCUCUUUCUUCAUUACUUAUUCUCUUCUUUUUUUUUUUCAACUCCUCCCUCUUCUUCAUUACUUCCUUCUUUAUCUUUUUUUUUUUCAACUCCUCCUCUUCUUCUUUACUUCCUCUUCUUUUCUUUUUUUUUUUUCCUCCCUCUUCUUCAUUACUUCCUCUUCUUUUUUUUUUUUUCACUCCUCCUCUUCUUCAUUACUUCCUCUUCUUUUCUUUUUUUCAACUCCUCCUCUUUCUUCAUUACUUCUCUUCUUUUUUUUUUUUUUUUUUUCUCCCUCUUCUUCAUUUCUUCAACAUCUUUUCUUUUUUUCAACUCCUCCUCUUCUUCAUUACUUCCUCUUCUUUUCUUUUUUUUCAACUCCUCCCUCUUCUUCAUUACUUCCUCUUCUUUUCUUUUUUUUUCAACUCCUCCCUCUUCUUCAUUACUUCAACAUCUUUUCUUUUUUUUUCAACUCCUCCCUCUUCUUCAUUACUUCCUCUUCUUUUCUUUUUUUUUCAACUCCUCCCUCUUCUUCAUUACUUCCUCUUCUUUUCUUUUUUUUUCAACUCCUCCCUCUUCUUCAUUACUUCCUCUUCUUUUCUUUUUUUUUCAACUCCUCCCUCUUCUUCAUUACUUCCUCUUCUUUUUUUUUUUUCACCUCCUCCUCUUCUUCUUCCUUCUUCUUCUUUUCUUUUUUUUUUCUCCUCCUCUUCUUCAUUACUUCCUCUUUUUUUCUUUUUUUUCCUCCUCCCUCUUCUUCUUUACUUCCUCUUCUUUUCUUUUUUUUCAACUCCUCCCUCUUCUUCAUUACUUCCUCUUCUUUUCUUUUUCAACUCCUCCCUCUUCUUCAUUACUUCCUCUUCUUUUCUUUUUUUUUCAACUCCUCCCUCUUCUUCAUUACUUCCUCUUCUUUUCUUUUUUUUUCAACUCCUCCCUCUUCUUCAUUACUUCCUCUUCUUUUCUUUUUUUUUUCAACUCCUCCCUCUUCUUCAUUACUUCCUCUUCUUUUCUUUUUUUUUCAACUCCUCCCUCUUCUUCAUUACUUCCUCUUCUUUUCUUUUUUUUUCAACUCCUCCCUCUUCUUCAUUACUUCCUCUUCUUUUCUUUUUUUUUCAACUCCUCCCUCUUCUUCAUUACUUCCUCUUCUUUUCUUUUUUUCAACUCCUCCCUCUUCUUCAUUACUUCCUCUUCUUUCUUUUUUUCAACUCCUCCCUCUUCUUCAUUACUUCCUCUUCUUUUCUUUUUUUUCAACUCCUCCUCUUCUUCAUUACUUCCUCUUCUUUUUUUUUUUUCAACUCCUCCUCUUCUUCAUUUCUUCAACCUUUUCUUUUUUUUUCAACUCCUCCCUCUUCUUCAUUACUUCCUCUUCUUCUUUUUUUUUUUUUUCCUCCCUCUUCUUCAUUCUUCCUCUUCUUUUCUUUUUUUCCCUCUUCUUCAUUACUUCCUCUUCUUUUCUUUUUUUUUUUCCUCCUCCCUCUUCUUCAUUACUUCCUCUUCUUUUUUUUUUUUCUUAG